AACUGCUAUUGCUACACUACUUGUUGACGUGCAUGUACACAGGCCUACAUACAUCCCAUACAAAUUUCACCAUGGACUCAACAAAGAUGAAGACACCACACAUCCUGUGUACAUCGAAAUGGAUGAAAAAUCGGCACAUGUGUCUACAGAGUUAGUAGUUGCAGAAGGCGAGACACUUUUCCAUCCAAACAGCAUGGCAUCAGGAAAGCUGGGAGAGAUUGGUGCCGUAAGGCAUGGAAACUACAAAGCUGUGUACCAAACAGGGAGUGUUCGACCAUCCUGUGACGGGAAAACCAGCUCACCAAAGUAUCGCAAUCCUCCCCUAAUCUUCAACCUCCACAAUGAUCCAGCCGAGUCCACGCCCCUCGUCCAAACCACUGCCGAAUACAAGGGCGCCCUCAACGUCAUUGAGUUGAGCCUCAAUGCAUUGAACAAUGACAUUACGAGAGACAAUACCACACUGGCAAAUUACAAGUCAGAUCCACAGUGUCAACCAUGUUGUAAUCCAAAACAUGUGGUGUGUCGUUGCAAUGACUAAGUUUUAUUUAUAGGCGUCAUUGCCGAGGGUUUUCUUUUAGAGGAUCGAAUUCAAAGUUCUGAUGGUUUAGUCAUCGGGGUGUGGGUUUCGAAACCCGGUCAUGACACUAGCGUCCUUCGAGAGCAGGACACUCCUUUAAAAUUGAUUCUUCUUGUUUAAAUGGGUACCUGAGAGGGUAGAUAGAGUUGAUAUUGUGUUUGUAAAAAUCUUUGGAGCGCCACGGCAGCCCAGGACUGUAUCCUCCCCAGGGAGCUGGAAAAAAAAGAUUACAGGAUUGUUAUAGGCCCAAUUGGUGGAGAGCCCGUCAGGUGGGUGUGUAUAAACCUUUGUUAAUGACCAGUAAAAAGUGUUUAUAACCACACAUUGUGUCCCUUAUUUAAAGGGAAGGUAUACAUUUGGUAGUCACUUAAAAUUAGCAGUCUACAGAAGCUUCAGAUAGUAUAAAGCAUUUUAAGAAACAUUUCACACUUCCAUGUAAAAGUACAUAAGUUUUUAUUGCCUCAUCAACUUGCAUUUCAACACGUACAAGCGUGUGCAAAAAAAUGUGUCAGAUUUGAUAAACCAAUCAGCUUUGAGUGUUUCACUUUCAAUUAUCGGUAUCGAGGUAUCGAUACGGCGCGCUAUCCCAUGGUAGCAUUCAACCACCAGAAAUCUGAAUUUAAUACAACUGUACAGUUUAAGGGCAACAAUUGUAACAACAAAUAAAGGUAAGUACAACAAAUAAAGGUUAAAACUGCCAACUUUUAAAAUUUUAAUACUAUUUGAAUGUACAAUUCCUUUAAUAUUAAUGUGAAAGAAUCAAUGUUUCUGUCUUCCGUUCCAAUUUCAUUGCCCUACCAUUCAAGUUCACAAAAUUAUACAGAAUGAUGACUGAAAUGUAGUUUAAAAUAUAUUUUUGUAUUUUGAAAAAAAAUCUGUUUGUAUUUUUUUAAUGGGAUUUGAUUCAAUUUUUUUUAUGGGAUUUGAGUCGUAUACAUUUAUAUGUUAAUAUUUGUAUAAGUCAAUAAAACAAAAACACUUUUGAACGCCAUUUUGCAUUAAUCCCUCGUUAUUUUAGUGUAAAAAGGAUGUGCAAGUCCGAGGUGAGAUUUGACAGAAACUUCAAUAUCCGUAAAAUUUGAGUUCGUCUUCUCUUUAUCUACAAAAUAAAAUAACAAACUUCAGGUUGCCAUGUUUGAGGGGUUGUGACUAACACAGCAAACUGGAUUGUUCUCUACUGAAAGGAAAACAAAAGAUCAUUUUUUCAACCUCUUUUGCUUUUUUUCAAGACCAAAUCAGACCAAAUUUACAGUUGUGCAACUGUAACUUCACAAAAACUAGAACAGCGAAGCUGCCAUGGCGAGCUGCUGAUCACCAGAUAGAACCAAUGACUGACAGAAAAACCAAUCAUUUGAUCAACUGAUGGUCAAAGGGGUGGGGACGUUGACAAAUAUGAAGUAAUGACCAUUUAAGGUUUUCAUUUAUUUAGCUCAUUCAACUGGAACCAGUGAUCUUUGAGUUUUAUCUAUUCAUAUUAUAUGCAUCUAAGCAGCAAUACGUAUUUGAUUAAAACUUUGCACUUUUCAGUGAUGCACUCGUUGAGUUUUAUCCUUUCAUAUGCAUCUUUAUGUUAAGAGUAAUAUUUGAUUUAGGUUUCAAGUCAGAACAUCAUGGGAAUAAGGAGUUAUGCCUAUUCAAUUUGUUCAUUGUUUAAGCUCAUUCAACUGAAACUAGUGAUUAAUUCUUUAAGUUUUAUCUCUUCAUAUU